CCCUAAUUAAAGCAUUGUGACAGUGAGCUUGAUUGAAAGAGAGAGAGCAUUUCACACAUAUAUUUAUAACUCCCUAAAGCCUGGUGGCUAGUUGGUUGAAAUGACCCUCAUUUUAUCUUUGAACUGUAAAUAAGAAAGAGAGAGAGAGAGACAGAUGAGAGAGAAGAGAGAGAGAGAGAGAGAGAGAGAAGAAAAGGACAUGCUGAAAUACCAACAAUUUAUUACAAGGUAAUUCUGCUACUCGCCAGAAAAUUUGUCAGCUAAGUGAUGUUAAUUUUCAGUGUUUACUGUACAGAAAAGAAACCAAUGAUGUUUCAAAUUCUUCUUUUUUGUUUUGUUUUUUGUUUCAAAAUAUUGCCCCUCAUUUGUAAGAAGGUCAGGUAUUUGGGGAGAAUCAUACUUCUUCCUGUUGGCACAGUUAAUGAGGCACAAGAAAUCAUUGACUGUUGCUCGAUCAUGCAUACCGAAUGAGUCAUUGACAGGAGCUAUUUUCUUCCUCCACAACGAAGCCCAGCUGCAGCCAAUCCCAGCAGAAUUUCUUCCAAGCCUGGAGGUGAAUGGCAAGAAUACAGAUAUUUGCCAAUUUCUACAUCCUUAUAACGCCAAGAUCGAAAAAUCAGCUGAUGACCCAAAAUACAGACUGUGCAAGGAAACCAACGAAACCAUUGAUCAUAUCCUCAGCUGCUGUAAGAAAAUCACACAGACAGACUACAAACAGAGGCACAACCAUGUGGCCCAAAUGAUUCAUUGGAAUUUAUGCCUCAAAUACCACCUCCCAGCAGUAAAGAACUGGUGGGAUCACAAACCUGCAAAAGUAUUGGAAAAUGAGCACACAAAGAUACUGUGGGACUUCCAAAUCCAGACUGACAAAGUUCUGGAACACAACACACCAGACAUCACAGUUGUGGAAAAGAAAAAGGUUUGGAUCAUUGAUGUCGCCAUCCCAGGUGUCAGUUGCAUUGAUGAAAAACAGGAAAAACUCAGCCGCUAUCAGGACCUCAAGAUUGAACUUCAAAGACUCUGGCAGAAACCAGUGCAGAUGGUCCUGGUGGUGAUGGGCACAUUGGGUGCUGUGCCAAAAGAUCUCAGCCAGCAUUUGGAAACAAUAGACAUUGACAAAAUUACGAUCUGCCAACUGCAAAAGGCCACCCUACUGGGAUCUGCACGCAUCAUGCAAAAAUACAUCACACAGUCCUAGACACUUGGGAAGUGUUCGACUUGUGAUUUUGUGAUACGAAAUCCAGCAUAUCUAUCUUGUUUGCUAUGUCAUAAUAAAAUAAUAAUAAUAAUACCAGUGCAGGUGGUCCCGAUGGUGAUGGGUACACUGGGUGCCGUGCCAAAAGAUCUCAGCUGGCAUUUGGAAACAAUAGACAUUGACCAAAUUACGAUCUGCCAACUGCAAAAGGCCACCCUACUGGGAUCUGCACGCAUCAUCCGAAAAUACAUCACACAGUCCUAGACACUUGGGAAGUGUUCGACUUAUGAUUUUGUGAUACGAAAUCCAGCAUAUCUAUCUUGUUUGCUGUGUCAUAAUAAAAUAAUAAUAAUAAAAAUAUUUAAAAUGAGUAAAUAUUCUAAACAACAUAAACUUAACAGUAUUACAGUGGAAGACCCUUGGGGCUAUCCAGUACAACCCACUUCUGCCACAGGAAAUACACAAUCAAAGCACCCCCAACAGAUGGCCAUCUAGCCUUUGUAACAACAACAACAGAAACCCGAGAGGAGGUGGAGUGCCUGCGGAGCCCCUGAGCACCUCUUGCAGAACCCCUAAGCGCCCCAGGAGCAUAGUUUGAGAACUGCUGCUCUACACCACAGCUGCCCUGUUACCACCAUUUCUACUUGUAAUAUCUCAUUGUGUGAUUGUAUUGAAAGCCACACAUUUCCCCUGUCCAGAUUCAAAGCAGCACCACUUGAAGUUACUUACAACUUCACUGGUGGUUGGCUGGUGAGGUAGCAGUGGGGAGGCCAAGCAGGAAUAAAUAAACUUUUCUUUUUUGAUCUACUCCUUCACCAUUGAUCUCAUGGCUAGUUUUGCCUGGAGAGCUGAUGGCAGCAGCAAGGAAAAGUAGAAAAAAUGUUUCUUUCUCCUUUUGGUCACCUUCACUGCCUUCAGGGCCAAACACCACCUUUUUCAAUCACUUUGUCUUUGAGCCACAGUAAGAAGAGAGCUUUUAAAAAUCACAUUAAAACUGAAAAGAGGUACUAUUGAAAUGGUUUUAUGUUGUAUGUUUCUACAGUUUCGGCACAGAGAUUUGUAUGGAUUUUUUCUUAAUAUAGAUGAGGUUAAUUUAGAGAAAGACGUUUGUAGCAAAGGUUUUCAUAGAAUUAGUUUACUACUCAUAAACACAGGUCCCUUUUACGCUGCCAUAUAAAAUCCAAAUUAUCUGCUUUGAACUGGAUUAUAUGGCAAUGUAAAGUCAUAUAACCCAAUUCGAGCAGAUAAUAUGAAUUAUCUGCUUUAAUAAUCUGGAUUAUAUGGUAGUGUAGAAGGUGCCUCAGU